AAAAAAAAAAAAAAUCCACUCCGAUGCAAAGGUUCACAAUCUUUUGGGUCCAGGACCACCGAUGUAAAUUGCCCUCGGGGGGCGUUUUUCAACGGGUAGUCAUGUAAGAGCUUGUUUGUGAAAUUCGGGUGUGGACAGCACUGUCAUGACGAAGCAAAUCCCCCGGACGUAAUUUUUGGCACAGCCUUUGACAGGAAGAGAAAGAUUAGGGCGAGUCUCACCUCGUCACAUUGAUUGAUUGUGAGGGAGAAAAAUCCGACAUGUUGCAAGUCGGACAAGUUUUAAGACACUGUCCCGGGUGUGAGGAAAGGUGAUGACGUAGUUCAUGCGGUAAAUGGCGGACGCCGGGUAAAAAAAAAAAGCCACUGAUAUCCCACUCGAGCUAUGCAGUGAAUGAGUAACAUUCCCAAUGCGUGUCAUGAUUUAUUUUGCUCUCAAAAGCCCUUUCGUAAGGUUUUUGGUUUUUGUUGGAGGUGUCUCAAAAGAAAACAAAAAGGUUUGUUUUGGUUUUUCGGGGGCGAAAAUCCGAAUCCAUUUGAAUUUCGGCAGGUCGCAUUGAAAGUAACCGUUUUGUCUCCCUUCCUCCCCAGACGGCGAUGAAUCUUUUCUACUUGGCUCUCAUCGGACACGGGCUCUCCCUGACCUCCCUCUUUGUCUCUCUCGGGAUCUUCUUCCACUUCAAGAGUCUCAGUUGCCAGAGGAUCACGCUCCACAAAAACCUCUUCUUCUCCUUUGUCCUCAACUCCGUCAUCACCAUCAUUUGGUUGACGGCUGUGGCGAACAACCAGGAACUGGUGCAGAGGAAUCCGACGAGCUGCAAAGUGUCCCUGUUCAUUCAUCUCUACCUCUUCGGUUGCAAUUACUUCUGGAUGCUGUGCGAGGGCAUUUAUCUGCACACGCUCAUCGUGGUGGCCGUGUUUGCCGAGAAGCAACACCUCAUGUGGUACUAUCUGCUGGGCUGGGGUUUCCCUCUUAUUCCCACUUCCAUCCACGCCAUUGCCAGAAGUUACUACUACAACGACAACUGUUGGAUCAGCUCCAAAACAUCACUCCUCUAUAUCAUCCACGGUCCCAUCUGCGCCGCUCUCCUGGUCAACUUGUUCUUUCUGCUGAACAUCGUGAGAGUGCUCAUCACCAAGCUCAAGGUGACCCACCAAGCCGAGUCCAGCCUCUACAUGAAGGCCGUGAGGGCCACCCUCAUCCUGGUGCCGCUACUGGGCAUCCAAUACGUCCUGCUUCCCUACAAGCCGGACGGGCGGGUCUCCUCGGAAAUCUACGACUACGUCAUGCACAUCCUGAUGCACUACCAGGGUCUGCUGGUCGCCACCAUCUUCUGCUUUUUCAACGGAGAAGUCCAAGCGGUUCUACGGCGGCACUGGAACCAGUACAACCUGCAGUUCAGCAGCAGCGUGGGAAACCACUCGGACGCCCUGCGCUCGGCCUCCUACACGGCUUCGUCCAUCACCGAGGUGCAAGGCUGCUACAGCAUCGACGGCCACUCGGAACACAUGAACGGCAAAGGAAGCCACGACGCCGACGCCUCCGUCCUCAGGUCAGAAAACACCUUUGCCUGACCGCCACGCGUCUUGCUGCUCCACCCCCCCCGGCGGCUCUGGCGCCGCCUCGCCUGCGGCCGCUGAGACGGGACCUUGUUCGGAGAUGAAAGGGGUGGGGGGUAACCCCUGACAUACUACUCACCACUCGCGGGCCCAUUUACAGUCAUGUCAUUUCCACAAAGCCUUGGCUGACACUGCAUCGAUCGCCCGUGAAUGCUUUUGACCUGGAUAGUGCCAAACCUUUGCCUGCCUCAAGUGCGAAGGUCCUCGCUGUUUCAUCGACUUCUUCCGACAAGUCACUCAACUUGUGUUGUUGCAAGAGUAAAAAAAACAAAACCAAAAAAAAAAAAAAAAACCCCAAAUUACCUCCUGACAUCAGUUUCACGAAUCGACGUGAAAUUGGCCGGGCGUGUCCAUCAUCACCGGACACGCGUAAAAGACUCAAGAGCCCAUGCGGGAGAUGGAACAGGAAGUCGGCCAUUUUGCUGUGCAUGAGAGACAUUUCUCAGCUCGUCCUGUGGCAAACUCCUACGAGGGAAUUUGCUCCAAUGAGCCCGAAUUCGACAGAUGGGCUGCGCCGGGCUGGAGCGAGAUUUGUUGCCUGCAGCAGACAUAUUCCACGGCGUGAGCUCAACUUGAGAUUUACUGCCACAGAAAGUGGAGCAUAUCGCACACAACUCCAAAAAAAAUUGAAAUAAAAAUCCCCUGACGAGAUAGGACCAAUUGUGUGGGCAUUUCUAUGAGAGAGGGGAAAGUGAAGCUUCAACUUUGCUUCAUGAACAGGCUGUUGUAUUUAUUAUUUUUUUUUGACUCCUCUUCAUGGCACUGUUGGCUGACGUAAAGGGGUUGGAAGAAAUGGAAAGUGAACAGAUGCCAUCUCUGGGUGUCAAAAAUGACAACAACUGCUUCAUGAAGCAAAUUUCAAGCUUCAUUUUCCCAUGAGGAAUUUCUCUCAGAACCCGAUGCAGAGAAAAGGCUAUCAUUGACCCAUUCACGAAACCCAAGAGAAAGUCGGCCCUUUUGGUGUGACGCUGCCAUUUUGAGCCCAGGUUACGUUUCGUACGUUGCCGAGGGAAACGGUUCGCAGGUAUCCGAGACCGAAGGGUGGCGCCAAAUUGCUUUUGUGGUGUCAUUUCAAGGAUUCGCCAUUUAGCUCUUCUUUUGUUUUCCCGCGCACAGCACAGAACCGAUAUUCCAUGUCAUAAUAUAUUCGUAUGAUAUCAUAUAUAAAUAUAUUCAUGUUAAUUUAUCCCUGGUUAUUCUUGUUGAUACAAAUAGCAUUACUGUAUUUAUUUGCGCUGUCGAUAAGCUUUCUCAUUCGCGACGGUAUACCGCCUACCUUUGUCAACAUCGACGCUUACGAAGCGGACAGAUUUUGUCACGAGUAUUGGCUCGGAAGCCGAAGUACUCCAUUUUUUUUUAAAAAUGGUCAUCUUGAAGGUCGGCUAGGGACCGAUCGAUGCUCAUCGCCAAAGUUUCGCGCGCAAAGCAACGCUUGCCUCGUCAUUUCGGUUUGACGACCGCAAAGGAACAAAAAUGUGCCGCUGAAUUCACGCGGUGGUGGACGCCGGCGGGAACUCGCCACGUUAGAAUCAGCAAAAGUUUGUGAUUCUUUGUCGAACGCCGCACUGCGGCGCCGUAGGAUGAAAUGGCGCGGCAUUUGAAGAGGCGCUUGUAAAUAGCUUGCCAUACACGUGACUUUUUGGAUCGCAGAAUGUCCUUUUAUAUUUUGCUUUGUGCAAGAAAGAAGAAGAGCGAGUGUUCGUAUCGUUUCUUCUAUGGAAGCGCGGAUACGUGUGUGUUUUAGUGUGUUUGUGGUUUACACUUGCGGUAUUUCCAAGUGAAGCCUUGCAGGCAGCGGCGAGUGCGACGGGACGAGGGCACCCGCCGCGUGCUUUUGCUGCGGCCUUCACAUCUUGAAUGAAGGGCCCUCCCGCCGCUUCUCCGUGGGCCGCCAUUUUGUCGGGCAGCAUCCUCGAAGUCGUGGGUGUCAAAGUCGAGGCCCGAGGGUCAGAUCGGAGCCCGCAGCGUCAUUUUAUGUGGCCCGCAAAAGCAAAUCAUGUCUGUCAACUUGCUUUGAAUCUUGCUGAAAAAAAUUCCGACCAAGAUUUCAAACUGUCAUGUCAAUGAAUGCCAUUCCGGUUUUGCACUCACCAGAUACACUCACUUGAAAAAUAAUCUGACCAGAUCUGACCCCCCCGGACCUUGAAAUUCACGCCUGUGACUUAUCCCAACCUUUCACUGUGAGAGUAAAGCCCGAAACAAAGAUUUUAAUUUAUUAUUUGUAUUAUUUUAGACACAUUUCUAAAACAAAUCAGUCACGCUUCAAGUGUUCAAUUUAAAAAAAAAAAAAAAACAAGUUUUGAUCUCUGCCGCCCAAGGGAUGACAAUUCAUUGGUCGCUCGAUGUUUACAGGCUAUCUAGUCAAUGUUUUCAUUUGGGGCUACGUAUCGCGCUUGCAUCUUUCUGCGCAGUUAAACUGGUUUUAUAUGAUGCUAUAAAGGGGUUGCGAUAUCGCAGCGACUCUUCUGAUAGGAUGACGAGAAAAAAAACUGCCACCUUUGGAAUCAUCCGGUCUGUCGUCCAUUUUUAUUUUAUUUUUUUGGAUACUGUACUGUAUUGGACUUGAAGUGAGGAGGCCAUUCUGCUGUUUGAAUGUAACUGUCGGCGAAUUCUGUGACGUGACAAAAAAAAAAAAAAAAACAAAAAAAAAAACAAAUGUAGAUUUGCAUACACAGUCUGUUUUUUUUUUUUUAUUCCGAUUCCACUGAACUGUAUAGCACAUGACUUGUUUGUUGUUCUGAGCAGAAUUAGCAAUGAAGAUUUUGUCUCGCUUCUUGAGUUUAUUGUGAAGGAAUAUCACGCGGCACCACUUUCUUACACUGACCGAAUAAAAGCUAAACUCCAA